AUGGACAAGGAAUCCUCAACUUCUACAAGGUUAAUAAUCAAGAACAAUCGACGUUUGGUGGAAUAUUCGAAUGAAAAUAAAGAAAGUACAACACUUCUUUGGUUUGAUCCAAAUAUUAGAUCAAAUGAAGAUACAGAACGAACCAAAGAGCAAUUGCGUUCGAUUAAUGAUUUUGUCAUUUUUCAUACUGAUCUUCAUCAAUGUGUUCCAUAUAUUCAAUCCAUUGAUAAAGAAAAAAUCUUCUUAAUUACAUCAGGAUCAAAAGCAGCACAAGUUCUACCUCUUAUCUCUCAUCUUCCUCAAGUGGAUUCUAUCUUCAUCUUUUGUAUGCAAAAAGACAAAUAUCAAUAUUUAAUAGAUGAAUAUCCAAAGAUUAUUGGUAUUUAUGAUCAACUCGAUGAUUUAUGCUCAUCAAUUCGUGAACAAAUCGAUCUUUUUCAUAAACAAUUACAAACAUUCAGUAUCUUCGAUCAUCAUCAAAAAUCUACCAAAGAUCUUUCGAAAGAAUCAGCUGAAUUCCUCUGGUUUCAACUCUUUCAUCAUCUUAUUAUUCGUCUUCCACGAAAUCAACAAGCAAAACAACAAAUGAUCGAUGUAUGUCGAGCCUAUUAUCGUGGUAAUAUAACCGAGCUAAAAUUAAUCGAUCAAUUCGAACGAGAAUAUCGUCCAGAAGAUGCCAUUCAUUGGUAUUCAAUGCAAUCUUUUGUCUACAAGAUGAUCAACAAAGCUUUGAGAAGUGAAGACCUUGAUCAACUGCAGACAUUUCGUUUCUUCAUCGGUGAUCUCUCGCAAAAUCUCGCUCGUGAACAUCAAAAAAUUCUCUUAUCCAAUGAAAAGAUUCUCACUGUAUACCGAGGAACAAAAUUAGACAGAGAAGAAUUUGAAAGAUUGAAAGAAAAUCAAGGUAAAAUCAUUUCAACCAAUGGAUAUUUAUCCACCAGUCGAUUUCGACUACCAGCACUUGAUUUUGCUCAAAAACCAACCAAACGAACGGAUGUUAUUGGUGUUCUCUUUGAAAUUCAGUGUAAUAUUGAACAACUGGGAACUAGUGUGAUUUAUGCUGAUAUUGCCUCAUUUAGUGCCUAUCCUGAUGAGAAAGAAGUGCUGUUUGAUUUGAAUGCUUCAUUUCGACUAGAGUCGAUUGUAGACGAUGGAUCAGUGCAAUUAAUUCGAACGAUAGCGUCUAAUGAUGGAGAAAAGAUUACGAAAGAUUAUAUUCAAUUGACACAAAAAGAAACCGAAGAGAAAAGUGUUGCCAUUGUAUUUGGAAGUUUAAUGUGUAAUUUAGGUGAAUAUGAUAAAUCACAGAGAUAUUUUGAAGAUCUAUUACAUAAUCCAAAUGGUGAAGAUAUCGCUUGGAUAGAAUUCAAUAUUGGUCGAGCUCUGGCUUAUAAAGGUCAAUGGAAAGAAGCUCGAAGAUACUAUGAGCAAGUGUAUGAACGAAUGAUCAAGACAACACCAGUACGAAUGACAGAUGCAGCACAUGUGAUGAACAGUAUUGGUGAUGUUCUCUAUCGGCAAGGAUUACUUGAUGAAGCUCUUGAUUACCAUCAACAAGCGCUGAAAAUUCAAGAAAAACUCUAUCCAUCUGGUCAUGUCGAAAUCGCUCGAAGUCUCAACGAAAUUGGUCUUGUUCUCUACCAACAAGGAAAAUACGAUCAAGCCUUAGAUUACCAUUAUCAAUCACUAGCAAUGCGCGAGAAAUUCUAUCCAUUUGGUCAUGUGGACAUUGCCCGAAGUCUGAAUAAUAUCGGUUUUAUUUUCUAUCGACAGGAAAAGUAUGAUGAAGCUUUAGACUACUUUCAACGAGCGUUACAGACACAAGCGAGCUUCUUUGCGUCUGAUCAUGUUGAAAUCGCUAAAAGUCUCAACAACAUCGGCAAUAUUCUUGAACAAACAGGGAAAUAUGAUGAAGCUCUAGACUACCAUCAACGAGCACUGAAAAUACGCCGCAAAUUCUACCCAUUAGGUCAUGUGGUAAUUGCCAGAAGCUUGAAUAAUAUCGGUAGCAUUCUUGAACGACAAGGAAAGCAUGAUGACGCACUAGAAUAUCAACAGCAAGCGCUAGAAAUGCAAGAAAAGUUCUUUCCAUCAGGUCAUGCCGAUAUUGCGAAAAGUCUUAAUAAUAUUGGUUUGGUUCUCUAUCGGCAAGGAAAAUAUGAUGAAGCUUUAGAUUACUAUCAACGAGCGCUGAAAAUGCGUGAGAAGUUCUUUCCCUCUGGUCAUGUUGAUGUUGCUCGAAGUCUUAACAACAUUGGUCUAGUGUUAGCUGAUCAAGGAAAAUAUAGUGAAGCUCUGAACUACUACCAACAAGCAUUGGACGUGUGUGGCAGGUUAUCGCCUAUGGGACAUUCAGAUCGAGUAGCAAUUGAGCGCAAUAUCCAUCAUAUUACUAGAGAUCACUGA